AAUAAUAAUAAUAAUAAUAAUAAUAAUAAUAAUAAUAAUAAUAUGGUGGCACGUGUGGUCCGUACACCGGUAUCUCUUGGGGAUAUCUUUGUUCAUCAGUCGUAUAUUCAAAUGCAGGGAUUCCGUGCACUUUCCAUUGGGGAUAGAGUUGUCUUUCGCAUUGGAGUUCUCCCAGGCAAACGAGCCCAUCAGGCCGUCUCUGUUCAGCGGAUUAAUGAGAAUGGUGUGAGUGAGAACAGCCAGAGCAACAUCAGUCAUCCCAAUAAUAAUAAUAAUAAUAAUCAUAAUAAUGAUCAUACCACUACUACUACUACUUCAGCUGAAUCUACUCUCAACACUACUACUAAUAAUACUACUCUUACAGGAGGAUGUGAUAAUCCAUUAUCAGCAGAAACCACAACUUCUCUCUUGUAUACACAAGGAGAUGGAUUUAAUAUGAUUGGGGAAUUUGAUGACACGGUUCUUCGCCUGCUGGGUCAACUGAGCACCGCCAAUGCAGCUGAGAUGAAUGAACCCCUCAGCGAUACCACUACUAUUACUAAUACUACUAAUAAUACUAAUAAUAAUAAUAGUAGUAGUAGUAAUAGUAACAGUCAUCCUAAUAAUAACGACAACAACAAUUCCAACAACACUGCUGAAAUGCAUGCGGAUCCUUUUUCUUUGCCGUCGCCGCUCUUUGGCCGCGGGCCUGUUGCCUUUCAAACCGCCGAGGACUGCGGAACACCGCCGGCGAAUGGUGGAUUGGUGAUAACAGACGACGACGAUGUGUGCGACUUCCUCGGCGCCUUUGAUGAUGAGAAGUUCAACAACAAGGAAGAGUGA